AUGUUAAGUUCAUGGUUACCAAAAGGUAAAAUGGUGCGCGUUUCUGACAAAACACCUACAGAAGAAAUCAACUACCAUAAUCGAGCUUCAAAAAUGAUUAAUGAGCUCAACUCCGACAAUAUUUUCAUUGCAUUUUCUGAAAUUACAAAUUUUAUUAAGAAAUACAAAAUGUCUGUCCAAUAUGCACUUUCUUUGAUUGAUUCUUUUUCACAUAUCCGUCCCAAUGAUAUUAAAUUAUUUACAGAACUUUAUUUUAAGCUAUCAAACUAUUUCUCAUGCAUAAUCAAACCAAAAAACGAGAAACUCACAACUUUAUUACAUUAUAAAGGCUUAAAAUUCGAAAAUUUCGAACCAAAAAUCAAUGAAGAAGAAAUCCUCAAUAUAUAUCCAACAGAAUCUCCUUUAUACUAUAUUGUGUGGGAUAAAGUUGAUGAGCUUAAAAGUAAUUUCCCAAAUAUAGAGAUUGAUCAGAAAAUUAAUGAAAUUACUCCAUUCGACUGUGCAAUUAAAUACGGAUCCAAACUGUGUUUCAAUUUCAUGAAAAGCUUAGGUGCUAAGUACACUGAUGAAUCCGCAAAAUAUGCUAUUCAAGGCGGAAAUAAAGACAUUUUUAUGCAAAUGAUAGAAGAUGGAAAGUCAUUUGAUAACAUGAUUAACAUUGCAUUGGAUUAUCAUAAUUACGAAAUUGCAGAUUACAUUAAGUCAAAAUAUGGACAAACUUUUGAUUCAAACGCAGAAAGCAUGGAUGCUGGAAAUGAUGACAUUAAUUCGUUUUUACUUGCUAAUGGUGGAAAGAUAAACGAAAUUUACAUUAUUUUUCUUUUCAUAUCUAUCAUUGAUUUAUGA